AUGAGGCGGUCUGGUUUUGAGAGAGAGAGACUUCUUGUUCAAGAAGCAAGGAUAAAUCAUUCGCUUGAGUUGUCCCACUCAAGUGGAGAAUUGCCUGAGCCGUCGCCAGUCAAGAUAGGAGAUCGCCUGAGAGUUUGCCGGAGUCGUCGCCACUUGCCUGACUUAUUGCCGGGGAGGACCACUAGACCCAGAAUAUGUGAAGAAGAAUAUGGAGAGUACUUUGGGGUGUUCAUCCGAAUGUUUGCUGAGGAAGGCAAAACACAAGAUGUGGGCUAUUUCAGUUGCACCAAAUCUAUGAACGGUGGAUUCUUUUUUGCUGUCAAGGAAGUUUCUUUGCUUGAUCAAGGGGACCAGGGAAGGCAAAGCCUUUACCAACUUGAACAGGAGAUUGCUCUUCUAAGUCAGUUUGAACAUGAGAACAUAGUUCAGUAUUAUGGCACAGAUAAGGUACUUUUCUCCCCCUUUUCAUUUUGGGCUAUUGUCUCUUGGUUGAUGCUCUCACAGUUUCCCUUGUUGAAAGUAUCGGUUGAGACUGAUACAAGACGACUUGGUCAUAUGGGAAUUGAUAAGGGUGCACAUUGCCUCAAAUUCAUGAGUCACACUGAUGAAUCAAAGCUAUAUAUCUUUCUUGAACUGGUAACCAAGGGUUCUCUAUUGAGGCUUUAUCAGAAGUACAACCUUCGAGAUUCCCAAGUCUAUGCAUAUACAAGGCAGAUUUUGCAUGGUUUGAAGUAUUUGCAUGACCGAAAUGUUGUUCACAGGGAUAUAAAAUGUGCAAAUAUAUUGGUGGAUGCUAGUGGAUCUGUAAAACUUGCAGAUUUUGGUUUGGCAAAGGCCACAAGGUUGAAUGACGUGCAAUCUUGCAAGGGAACUGCAUUCUGGAUGGCUCCUGAGGUUUGCCUUGAUCCCCUUUUCUCACAGUUAAUAAGCACCAAGGAUAUUUGUCAAUUCGCCGACACCGUCAUUGAUAAUAUAGUAGUGAGCUAG